GAAGUUAACACCACAAGUCCUGUGAUUGGUUAUAAAUAUUACAUUAAUAGGAAUCAUCCGAAAUAGUGUUAGCACAACAUGGAGCUUUCCUACGACACAACCUAAAACACGAAUGCGGGAUGAGUUCACGUCCGGAACAGCUUAUAGCGCAUCAUAACAUGAUUCCCCACCCACAGGGAGGUUACUGCUGCGAACUGUACCGAUCGCAAGACACCGUGUCGCAGGAGGACAUGUCCUUUCGUUAUUCCGGCGACCGGUCCGUUAGCUCAUCCUUCUACUAUCUCCUCGUUAAUGAACAAGUCGCCAAGCUGCAUCGGCUAAAAUCGCCCGGAAUAUGGCACUUCUACGAAGGCAGUCCCCUCAUAAUUCACGAAUUUGUACCCAAUGGGGACUACAAGAUGCAUACACUUGGGCCAGACGUAGCCAAGGAUGAAACGUUCCAGGCAGUCCUUCCAAGAUGUUCCUGGGUUGGGGCCUGCCUCAAGGACCCGAAGUCUCACACGCUAGUUGGGUGCACCAUCUCGCCUGGAUAUGAAUUAGAUGAUUUUCAAUUAGCGAAUCGCCAAGACGUUUUGGAAAAAUUUCCGCGGUACCAAAAGAUCAUAGAACUAUUAACCUGAUAGUCAAACAAUGAUGACAGAAAUCCGAUUCACGGGAACAUUUUAAAGCUAAGAGAAGCAUUUUCAUUAUUGUCGUAAUCCGUGUAUACUGUGUGCCCCAUUAACUGUAUUUAUCUCUCUUAUAAUUAUUGAAAGCGAGUCUCACAGCAAAGCUGCUGGAAUCAGGCUGGAAGGUCGCGGUUAUUCAUGUUUACUCAAUUUGUCAUAAAUUCAUUUUUAAAAACUGUUUUAUAAUAUUCCAGAAUGCACCAAAUAGCUUUACAGAUGAAACUUAUGCCGGAUGCCUCCAUCUCCAUCCCAAAGGUUUUACAGUCAAAAAUGACACUGCAUACAUUUGUGUUUGUUAAAUUAUUUAUUGCACAUGUAUGUUGUGAUAGAAUGUUAAGCCUGAUUAAAACUAAAAAUGAAAAUAAAUCGGCUGAAAGGCGA